AUGGUGCCGUGGGCGCGCUCCGGCCCGUACCGUGAGCGAUGCCGCGAGGCCAGCAUGGUGCAGCAGGCACGCUCCAGCCCGUACCAAGAUGGGGUAGGCGGCAGGUGGCCCGUUAUUGAAGUUCGGCUCGGCCUGACCCGCUCCAGCUCCCUGGGGGACUCCUCUGCACCACAAAGACACAUUGUUGCUAUCGUCAAAGAAGAUAAAGAGACAUUUGGGUUUGAAAUUCAGACUACUAGAUUUCCACACCAAAAUGAUUAUUCCCCGGAGCUGUGCACUUGUGUCUGCAAAAUUCAAGAGGAAAGUCCUGCCUAUUUUUCUGGCCUUCAGAUCGGUGAUAUCCUUGCCAAUGUCAACGGCGUGAACACCGAUGGCUUCAGUCACAAGCAAAUAGUAGACCUGAUAAAAUCUUCAGGGAAUUAUUUGAGGCUGGAGACUGUCAAUGAGGCCUUGCUUCGGAGGAAGAUGGAGCUGGAGACGAAGCUGCAGCUGCUGAAGCAGGCCCUGCAGCAGCGGUGCGCCGAGCUCCGGGCCCUGCACUUGCAGGAGCAGCGCUUGCUGCAUGGGGCCGUGAACGACAACGAGGCCACCAGCGUGGCCAGCAGCGGCUCCCUGUCCCCACUCUGGGAGGGCACCGGCGGCACCUACCACUUUGGGACGCUCCCGCGGAAAAGCAGGAGACCGAGUGUCCGCAAGCAGCUCCUGAAGUUCAUCCCAGGCCUGCAUCGCGCCGUGGAGGAGGAGGAGAGCCGGGUCUGA